ACAGAGCAGGCUCUCGAUGUCUGCCGUCAGUGGCGAGAGGCCUUUGGCCGAUGGGGAUUUGCCCACGUCGUCGGGCACGGCGUUCCGGAUGAGCAUAUUGAGGAGUGCUACGCUGCUGCCGAGCGCUUCUUCGCGCUGCCGAUGGAGGACAAGCUCAGCGACUGCGUGAGGGCCGCGGCCCAUCAAUGGGCGAGGGAUGGGGCUACCGCGCGAGGCAUUACACGGCCGAGGGACUCGAGACCGUCGCCGCCACCGAAAGGCUCCGGCGCGGCCGACGGACAUAGUGGAGCACCUGCUCGUGUGCAUCACUCCGACGCAGACCUCUUUCCGCGCUCGCUGCCCGAGCUCAAGCCCGCGACGCACCGGUACUUUGGGUCCGUGCAACGGCUGCUGCAGGCGAUCAUGGAGAUCACGGCGGUCUCCGUCGGCAUGCCGCGCUCCUACUUUGCGCGAUUCUGGGGUGCCGACGCCGGGGCGGGCGGCACGAGCCCUCACAACAUCCUUCGCCUCGCACACUACCGCAGCCAGGCGGGCAUGCCGCCGAGGGCGAACCAGCUUCGUUAUGGCGAGCACACCGACUUCCAGGGUUAUACCCUGCUCUGGCAGGACCACAACGCGAAUGGUGGCUCGCAGACGGCGCCCGACGGAGUGCCGCCAAAGGGCGGGCUUCAGGUGCGCGACCCGCAGACGGGGGCGUUCCUGGACGCGCCGCCGCCGCCAAAGGCCUUCACCGUCAACGCGGGUGAUCUCAUCCAGUGCUGGACCAACGACGUGCUGCUCUCGAACACGCACCGCGUGGCCAACCCGCCGGCCGGCGAUGGCACAGCCCGCGUCUGCCUGGUCUUCUUCGCGGGCCCGCACCCCGACACCAUCGUCGAGUGCCUGCCGACAUGCACCGACCGCGAGCGGCCGCCACGGCACGCCCCGGUGAAGGCGGGUGCAACCACUUAA